AGCGGCGGUGACUUAGGGCGUUGACAAGGCCGCAGGCAGGUGUCGCAAAGGCAAAGGGGAAAAAAGGUCAAGCCGCCUCCCUCCGCAACUACCGGCACAAGAGACGGAGUGCCAAAAUCUGACCACGUCCUUUCCUUGUCUGCAGUUGCACACAGAAAAUCGGGAAGCGGCGGGAACCCCCGCCAAGGCGCGCCGUUGCUGAACAUGCGAAUGGGCUGCAACAAUUUUGUAAAGCUAGCAGGAUUUAUACUGGCAUCUCUCGGUGCCUGGUACAUGGGAUCUCUAUUUGCAUAUAUGGUACCUGAAGAAUCACUCAUAUCAACUUUUGACAAUCUUCAGAAUCUUGGAGAAAAACCAAAGCUUAAGGUGCCCCCCCCAAAAAGGCUCAAGUGUGACCACUGGUCUCCGUGCCAGUCUGGAAGCUAUGCUUUUCGCUUACUCAGUGGUGGGGGCACAGAGAAGCUGGCAAAAAUCUGCUUUGAAGAUGAACUACUCAUUAGUGAAGAAAGGGGGAAUGUCGGAAGAGGAAUCAAUAUUGCCAUUGUGAACUAUAACACUGGAAAAGUCAUUUCUACAACAUAUUUUGACCUAUGGGGAGGAGAUUAUUCUGAAGCAAUGGCUGAUUUUAUCAGAAAGGCCCCACAGGGAUCUCUGCUGUUUAUGGUGACCCAUGACGAAGGAAGCACCAGGUUAAAGGAGAAUGGGAAAAAGGCAAUAGCAGAACUAGGAAGUAAAGAAAUAUGGAACCUGAAAUUCAGAUCAAGCUGGGUCUUCAUAGCUGCUAAGGGGUUUAAGCUGCCAGAAGACUUGGAAAAGGAAAAGAUCAACCAUUCUGACAAGGACAAGAACCGAUAUAAUGGAUGGCCUGCUGAAAUCCAAAUAGAAGGCUGUAUUCCAAAAGACCUAACUGGCUGAAUUAUAAAAUUAAUAAACAGUACAAAACAGGAGAACCCAUUUGUCUCUGGGCCACGGGAUUGUUGCAAGCAGUAACAUGUCUGACAUAUGUGUUUGUGUAUAACCAAGUUGCUUUGUGAGAAUACUUGAUACAGCUGAAAAACCAAAUCCAGUAACCAAAGACUGAAAUAGGACAGAAGUCUGUGAAAGAGUCUCAUGCUCGUCCGUUCCCUGCCCCUCUUUUCUUUCACUGAAACAGUUUUCAGCCAGAGUCUUGAGGCUAGUAGUUUCAUGGAUCCUCACUUUAUACUUGAAUGUUUUAAAUAUUUAUUACAUUAACCACCCUGGAAGUAAUAAACAGAUUUUAUUUCAUUUUAAAA